AUUCAAAGUCCCCGCGACCCGAAUGACCCUACCUGCCCCCCUUACUUACCUUACCGUUGAGAGUGGACACCUUUGAUUAGCAUUUUACACCCGAAAGUUGCAGAAAGCUCCCGACCCCAAGCAAGCCUGUUCUGUUUACUCUUGGUCUGGUCUGUUCUUGUCGGUUUUACUCUGUUUCCGUCGCACCACGCAAAGCCAGCCAGCGCAAGCAAGCCCAAAGCUAUCUGGGUAGCCUGCCGGCCAGUCGUUCUCUCGCGUCCCGUCUUCCCAACUCGAGCCAGGCCAACCAGCAUCAAGCCAAUUGACUGACUGAUUGAUUGAUUGAUUGAUGGAUUGAUUUGACUGUUCCUCUUCUGAAAGUCAACCCAAUCCUUAUCCUACGGCGAUCGCGCCCCGACCACCACCACUCAAUCGAUUCCCUGGCAAUUCAGCUGUCCGGUUCUCAGAUCGAAAGCGCACAAUUCGAAAAGACCAAUCGGUCGGUCCAUUCCAUCGUCGUGUCAUCGUCAUUCCAGGCACCCUCCGCUCCCGUACCAAUUACGGUUUUACCUUUCCUUCUCUUCUGGUGCUGUGAAACCUUCGGGUCUCUGGCGAGCUUUCCUUGAUACUCGACAACAAAAACAAGAACAACAACCCCAUAAACCUACGUCGCAGCAGCCUCGGGCCGAUAAAAGCAAAAGUAAAAGCAGUAACAACAGCGGCAGCAGCCAGCAGCUGCAAAGUCCAACCAAGAGUCAUAGCAGCUCUCAAGCGGACUCGUCGCGACACAUCAUCUCUGCAAAACCAUCUACUUCUACCGAAAUGCCCCAAUACACGUCAAGAGAUAUGGGAGACCCAUCCCAGAUCAGGAGAAACAAGCAGAGUAUGGCCGAUCUCAAGCUGCGCCGAUUGACCGAACUCAACAGCCGACUCAAGGAGGACCUGGAAAGGGAACGAAUUCCUGUCAGCCAGGCUUCUAAAAGCAUAAUUGCCUACUGCAACAGCACUAGGGACUACAUGGUACCUUCUGUCUGGGGAGCAGUACCCAAGGGCGAGGAUCCUUACGCUCCACAACAGAACGGCGGGUGCUGUCUAGUCAUGUAAAGCCAUAGAUGAGACCUGGACGAUACCGACCCACGAUUCAAGACUUGACAUAACUAUGCGAUCUUCAAUGUUGAGGGUAUUGUUUGCCAUAAGCUUUGAAGCCAUUAUUUUGCAGCAUGGCAAGGAUUGUUUUGCCGAGUUCAGUUCCUUCCUGGGAAGUUUUUCUCAAGACGAAUCCGACCACAACUUUCCUGGAGCUAUGGAGCCAGCUACUUGCUUCGUGGCUGCUUCUACACGAGAGGAGGAGGCGAGGAGGACCACAGGACGAUUCGAUGAUAAGGGAUACCCAGCAUGCGUGCUUGUCUGAUAACUUGGAGUCGGCCGCCAACUAAUAUCUGGUUCAUGGCUGCUUGAGAUAUAUGCCGCGAGAGAAGCGCACCGGGACAAACCCAUCUUUUGCGAAGCCAUGAUAACGGUACUUCUUCUCCUUUGUUAUUGAUGGCCUUUCUUCAAAAAAAAAAGUUUUAUCGUCCGUUCGGCCUGCUUGCUGAGACUAGUUGCAGUCGGGCUUGACUGCGUUGAUGUCAGUCUUGUUUUCAACACUGUAAUAAAUGUCUUCAUUUGUUUAUUUUCUUUUUCUUUUUCUUUUUUUUUUGUUUCUUUUCUCUAGUUUUACUCUUGUUCUGUCAUCAUCAUCACUAUACCACUACUUAUUAUGAUCGGGCUUCCUAUUCGUCUAUCGAUGAAUCUGGACUUAUUUAUUUGCGUAUAUUAUAAAUACUUACCACACUAUUCACA